AUUAAUUAAUUAAUUAAGACAUCGCUAUAUCUGAGUUAAAUCGGUUUUUAUCUCAUGGUGUCAGCAUUGAGUUUUUUUUAGGCCUAUAUAAACGGUUAAUUGUUGUGAGAUUAACAUUAUGCUCAGGCACACCUCACCGUCGAUGUAAAAAAAAAGGUAAAUAAGAUCCAUCUAGUUAUGAGUUCGAGUAAAAGCAUCUUUAAAUUACGUUUAACAAUAUAAUGAAAUUUUAUGACCAAAUCUUGAAAACAUGUUUUAUUUGUAUAAUACCAGCUUCAAUACCAGGGUUCCGCCUACGGUUUGAGUUUUUAUCUUGAGUUUGUAAGAUUAGAAGUGAAUCAAAUUAUCCACGGAAGAGGAAACUAACUCGUAGAAAUAACUAGUUGUUGAAGUCGGCCAAUAUUACAUAGAUAGAACUCCAUAUUUCAAAGACGUGCACUUGCUCACAAUCGAUCGUCGGGAAUCAGUUUCGAGCCUCAACUUUGACGCAUUUCAGUUUUCACCAAUCAAAACAGCUACAAUGCACCGAGUGGUAUCGAAAACAAUACUUUUCAUUGUACUAUUCCUUGUGGCAUUCGGCUAUUCAAAUGAAUCUGAACGAAGCACAAUUGGUUGUCAUUUUGAAGAGACAGAAAUUAAACAAGUUUACGCAGGUUGGCCCGUUGCUAUGUCUUGCUUUCAUCUUAUUGCCGCCCUUCGUAGGAACAUAAAUUAUGGUCUGAACGGAGUUGGGAAUUUAACAUGCUUAAUUAUCGAUCCUGUCACCAACAGAACACUUUGGUCGAAGCCGAUGGAUAAAUCAAAUUAUUAUGACGGGCCUAAAUAUUAUACUACAGAUUUAACGGGCAAUUCUCCGACGACAUAUCAAAUCAAUAUAAAGGUAUAUUUGUUGGUAUGAAAAAAUUCACUUGUUCUAUUUAAUACAGUGUAUCAGGGAAUAUAAAGGUAGGAUAUUUUUUAUAACACAA